CAGUGACCGAGCUCCUCAACCUAGCGAGGUCCAGCGACGUGCCGCGCGCCAAGACCACCUUAGAGCGUGCAAUGCACUGCCUGCACGAGGCGCGCGGCAACGUCCUGGAGGCUCUGGAGCUGCUGCGCCAGGGGGGUCCCCAGCCAAAUCAACACCAUCCGCUGGCUGGCUACCAUUAUACAGGUAUGGACACGUGGACCCCCCUGGAGCAGCAGCUCUUUGACAUCGCCUUCCGCAAACACAAGACCGAUUUCCACAAACUGCAGCAGGAGGUAAAGCCGCUGGAUGCAUUUGUUGUACGUGUGUGCCUUCAGGGUUUGCCUCCGCCAUCGCCCUCACAGACUGCUUCUCUUCUGCUCACAACAGAUUCCAACUAAGACCGUAGCG